AUGAUCAAUCAUAGAUACAACAAUGUAAUACAUCAAUUGAUUACAUCAUCAAACUGUUUAUUAUUAACUAGAAUAUAUUCUCAUCUAUUUUUCAAUGUAACUUUUGUCCUUUAUUAUUUAACCCUAUAUACUACUUUUUCCAUUCAUGGUAACACUAUACAUAAUAUAGAUGAAUUAACAUUUAAAAUAUUAGAAGAAUUACCUAAAGGUACAAUUAUUGCAUCAAAUCAUCAAUUAGAUGGUGCUAUUCUACCAUAUACUAAAACUGGUUCUACUACAAUACAAAUAGAAAUAGAAAAUAUUGAUGAUGAAUCACCAAUUAUACAAAUUCAUCCUAUACAAUUCCUAUCACAAGAUACUUUUUCUAUAUUGAAUAAUCAAAGAAUAAAAGAAACAGAAUUAACAAUUUUAGAAAAUCAAUCACCUGGACAAUUAAUUGCAUUAAUUGAAGUUAAAGAUCCUGAUUUAUUAAUUCAUAAUACUAUACAAUGUAUAUUAACUGGUCCAUAUGCAUUAGAUUUUCGUUUAUCUUAUCAAGAUUCAAUUAAUCAUGAAUAUCGAUUAUAUACAGAGACAAUACUGGAUCGUGAAAAACAAGAUCAAUUAUUAUUAUCUAUUGAAUGUAAAGAUCAAGCUAAUCAUAUAACAUUAGAUCAUAUGAUUAUUCAUAUACUUGAUAUAAAUGAUCAUAAACCACAAUGUAUUGAAUCACAUUAUUAUUUUUCAUUAUAUGAAGAUGAUAAUGAAUAUGAUAAUUAUAAUAUAAGUAGUAUAAAUCGUACAUGGUUAACAACAAAUGGUUUAGCAUAUAUUAUAGCUAAUGAUAAUGAUAUUGAAUUAAAUAGUCAAAUUAAUUAUCGAUUAUCAAUAGAAUCAAUUAAUAAUUAUAAUAAUCAAUUUACAAUUAAUUCAAUAACUGGACAAUUAUUAGCAUGGGGUCCAUUUGAUCGUGAAUUAAUAUCAAUUUAUGAAUUAUUGAUUAUUAUUCAAGAUAAUGGUUAUCCAAUACAAUUAAAUAAUAGUUGCCAAGUGACUAUAAAUAUUUUAGAUAUUAAUGAUAAUUCACCAAUAUUUUAUACACCAUUUAAUAAUCAUAUAGGGGGUUAUAUAUUUAAUAUAAAUGAAAAUCAGUUACCAGGUACAUGGAUUGGACAAAUUCAAGCAUAUGAUUUAGAUGAUUUACCAGCUUCAAUCAAUAUAAUAGAAUAUUUGAAUGAUUAUACUACUACUAGUACUACUACUAAUAAUAAUAAAGUUAAAGGAAUAAAUAAGAAAUUAACUUAUUCAUUAAAAAAUGAACAUACUACUCAAAUGUUUCGAAUUGAUCCUAAAACUGGUGUGAUUAUGACUCGAGCAAUACUAGAUCGUGAAAUUCAGGCAACAUAUACAUUCUAUGCAUAUGUACAUGAUGGUCCUGAUAAUAUUGUUCAAAUAACAAAUACUUCUAAUAGCAAUACUGAAAUUCAACGUACUAUAAAUAGUUAUCGUUCUCAUACAGCUUCGAUAAUGAUUACAAUUACGGUACAAGAUGAGAAUGAUAAUGAUCCAGUAUUUGUUCGACCAAAUUCAACGAAUCAUAUGAUAUUACUAAAUCCAUCAGCUAUACCUGGACAAUCUUUAUCACAAUUAUUAGCAAUAGAUCCAGACGAAGGUUUAAAUGGACAUGUAUCUUAUGCAAUAAAAGGUGAAACAGCUGGAAUAUUAUUCAAUGUUGAUCCAAGGACUGGACUAUUAUACCUAGAAAGUCAAAUACCAAGACAAUAUUUAACAAAUAAUAAACAAAAAACGACAAUAAAUAAUCAAGGAAAUGAUGUGACUUAUCCAACAUUUUUACUAGCAAUAGAUGCAUGUGAUCAUGGGGAACCAAGACGAUGUACGCACUUUCCAAAUCUUCAAAUACAGAUUCGCAGUUCCUCGAAUAUUAUUGACGAAGUGACAUCUAAUGAAUAUAGACAAACUGAUUUAUCUAUUAAUCAACAAGUUGAUGACAUUUUCAUAUCACAAUCAAAUCAUGGAUCUGUCUCAUCGUCAUCAUCAUCGGGUUCUGGUACUUCAACGACUUAUCUUGGAAGAAAUUCACUUGGUGAAAUAUUAAUCAUUGGAUUAUCUAUAUUUUUUUCAAUAUUAGUAUUAAUUAUUCUAUUUACUGUUUGUAUUGUACGACGAAGAACUCAACAAAUCAUGCAGAAUAAUGAACGAAUAAAUCCUGAACUGUUGAAAUUGAAUCAUGGAAGUACUGGGUUCAAUGUUGAAUCACAUGAAAAAGAUAAACGCACAAAACCUCGGGUUAAGUUAUCUAAUUGGAAUACUUCGAAAAAGGAUGCAACUGUUAAAAAGUCAUUUAUAUUAAGGUUAAUUACACAACAAUCAGAUCAAAGUAUAACUAUUAAGACUGAUAAUGAAAAUGUGAUUACAACAUCACCGACAUCAGUGUUACCAAUCAGUUGUAAUUUAUCAAUUAACAGUCCAAAUCCAUUGACACUAUCAUCGACAUCAUCAUCAUUAUCAUCUUCCACAUCACAAAUCAUUAAUCAAUCAAAGUUAAACUAUUCUAUAGGUUUAAUGAAUUCUCGUUUUUAUAAUCCAAAUAUUCAUCAUUCUAUGGAUUAUGGACCCUAUAGUCCAAUAUGUGUAAAUACUACUAACACUAUACCAGUAAUAUCAGAUGAUUAUCAAUCUUUAGAUUGUUGGGAUCAUUUACCGGUGGCACAUUAUUCAAAUCAAUUUAAACAAGAUAAUUCAAUAAAUUUAAAUCUACCGCAAUUUUAUAUGAAACAAUUAAAACAACCAAUUAUAGAGAAUCAUUCAAAUUUAAAUUUUAUAAAUAAAACUAAAUCAUCAUCAACAUCAACAACAACAACAACAUCAGUAUUACAUAAUAAACAAAAAGAUUUAAUAAAUUCUAAUUGGACACCACAUAAUACUCAUAUAUUAAUGAGUAGUACUAAUAGUAGUUAUAGUAAUAGUAGUAGUAAUCAUAUUCAUAAUAAUACUAAUAAUAGUAGUAUUAUAUCAAAGGAUGAUAUACAUCAGAAUUCCAAAUUAAAUCAACAGAAUGUUUGUAAAAAUAAAGAACAUUCACAAGCUUAUACAGGAUUAGUUAAAUCUACUUUUGUAUAAAAAAAAAAGAAACAAUGGAACGUGUUAGUUACCAAG